AAUCUUCUCGGUGGGUUUCAUACGGGGUACCCCAUAACAUUAUUUUUUGGCCAUCGACCGACAAAGGAUCCAAACUCUGCCAUUAAUGAAGGCGACAACCUCUUUGAUUCUCCAUUGAUCUUGCAGAUACAUGUCCCUCUAUCUCACUCAAUACUCUCACUCUUUCACUCAAUAUACUACUAUUUGUAUCUGCAGGAACAGUGAACCUUUGAGACUCUUAUAUUACAUAAAGAUCCUCUCACCCCCACUUCGCAUCAUAUAUCCUUUGCUCUAUAUUGCUUUCUUGUCCACACUUUUUACUCCAUAUUACACUUUGAAGUUUGAACCACUACCACUACCUUUGUACACCAUCUUCUCUUCACCUAAGCCAUGAAUUUCCAUAACCCCAAUUAUUCUCUUCACCUACGCCAACCAGAUGAUGAGAACCAUCUCAACCUAGAUCUUCUUCUUGAGCCAUCUUCUUCUUCAUCAUCUUCACCUUCACCUAUUAGUCCCGUUGAGCCACGGAUAUUCUCAUGCAACUAUUGCCAGAGAAAGUUCUAUAGCUCUCAAGCACUAGGGGGUCAUCAAAAUGCUCACAAGCUUGAAAGGACACUGGCCAAGAAGAGCAGGGAACUGAGUUCAAACAUGCAAUCUUAUGGAUCACCGGAGCAAAGAUCAAACUUUGGUGCUUCACACCAUCUUGGUCGUGCUCUUGGGGUUGUGGAUAACCAAGGACAAAGUUAUGCGAGGCUUGGUGGAAGAAAAGAGUUCAGUUAUGGUUCCAAGGAAGGGGUAGGGGUGGCUUCUUCCUGGUCAAGGGGUUAUACUUCUGAACAUGUUCAGGAGGAUAUGGGCCAACUGGACUUGUCGUUGAGGCUUUGAAAUUUCAAUAUUGAAAAACCGGUGAUCUAUGGCAUCUUUUGCUUCUAUGAGUGAUGAAUAUAAUAUGAACCAUUAUGAGUUAAUUUCUGAUUAUGAAUUUAGCAAACAAUGCCCCAGUGAGAGGGGCUAGCGCUAGCUAGAUAGGGGUGUGUUGGGGAAUCAAUCAUGUAACAAAUUGAAGUGACACUUUUUAGAAGAUCAGAACGAGCCAGUGCCAAUUUUUUUCUUUAGGAGGUAAAGGGGAAGCUUUAUUUCAGGUUACAUAGGUUACUAUAUUUGUGACUGUGGCUAUCUUUAUGGUUUACUUUGUACGUUUUUCGUACUGUAAGAAGUAAAAAUGGCAGUAUAUCUAUCAUUGAAAUCUGAGACAUUUUUAAGAGAGAAAUAAGUUUGAUCAAAUGAAA